GGACAUUAUUCACUUCAGGAAGUUCAUUCAGAAGGUGCUUAGCACAAGAAGAAGAAAAGCCAGCAUGGCAGCAGACAGCAACAUGGCUCCUGAAGAAAAGCCAAGCACUACUCCUGCGAAAAGGGCUGUCCACAAGAUCCGAAUGGCCAGCAUAGUCUUCAGCUUGGCACGAGGUUGGCAGCAGUGGGUAUCUGACCACCAUGUAAAGCAAGCCCAAGAGCCCCCUGGAUGGGUCCCCCCUGCAGAAGACUCAUCAGCUCAGCCUGUACAAGAAAGACCCUUCAAAAAAUGGCCAAUUCCAUCUGUCAAGAGGGAUCAAGGAAAAGCUGAUGAAAAAUCCUCAGCAAAAGAAUCAGUGACAAUUAGAGAUGCUGAAAAAAAUUCAAGGGAAUCAGACGAAGCCCUCAAAAAGUUCAGCAUUAAAAGCAGAGAAGUGACCAGAACAGUUGUAAGCAAAGCCUACGAACGAGGAGGUGAUGUUAGCCUCCUCAGUGAAAGAUAUGAGAAUAACAAUAGCUCAGAGAUGACCAAGCUCAAAGAAGAAUCAAGUGCUUUUGACAAAAUUCUUAGUGGCAAAUUAUCUCCAACCAUAAGAAGGAAGUGUUCAAACAUGGUAUCAGAGCUGACCAAGGGCUGGAAACAGAUGGAACAAGAGGACAAAGAGGGGCCUAAGGAAGAACUGCUGCUUAAGCAUCAUGGUGACAGCCUGGAUGCAGAAGACAGUGGCUAUGGGGAAGCAGAGGACAAACUCGAGCAAGACGACGGUGACCGAGAGGUGACAGCUGUGAGGAUUAAACGACCUGUACCUUCUUUCGCUAGCAGGUUUAGCGAAGAAGCAAGCACCAAAGCGCACAGGAAAUACAGCCCUGUUAACAGCCUGAAGGACAGAUGGCAAGAAUGGGCUGACCAGCACAUCAUAACACAGAAGCUGAAUCCCUUCAGCGAGGAGUUUGACCACGAGCUGGCGAUGUCCACGCGUCUGCACAAAGGAGAUGAAGGCUACGGCCGUCCAAAGGAAGGAACCAAAACUGCUGAAAGGGCCAAGAGAGCCGAGGCCCACAUUCACCGGGAGAUUAGAGACAUGUGCUUCAUCAUUGAAUCAAUGGCUAAGCCACGGCCCGAUGGCAAAAUCCAAGUCACUUUUGGGGAACUCUUCGAGAGAUACGUUCGUAUUUCGGAUAAGGUUGUUGGGAUUCUCAUGAGAGCCAGAAAACAUGGGCUGGUGGACUUUGAGGGAGAAAUGUUAUGGCAAGGAAGGGAUGAUAAUGUUAUAAUUACUCUACUAAAAUAAGCAUGCUACAAGAAAAGCACCUUGUUUUGGAAAACCUUUCUUUACUUCUCCCUUGCUAUUAGAGUUUGCACAUUUUGAAUACAAGAUUUCCCCUGUGCACCCACACAGAAAAGACAUUGAGCAUUUUUCUGAAUACAUGUAACUCCUGCACGAUAACACAAGCAUCCAAGUGGACUUUUCUCUGUACCAGGAGGGCUUAUAAGACACUUCAGUUAAUUACUAUGUGAAAAAUAAUAAGAAAAAUCUAUACUGAAUAUAAAGCAGCUGAAUAUCGAACCCAUAGCAAUAUAAAUAGCUUAAAUGAAUCCUAAUUUUUACUUGUUCUUACAUUCAAGAUCUUCCCAACUAUUUAAAAUGGGAUAUCAGGAAUAAAAGACAUGCCAGAUUAGAAGCUGACUGACAACAUAAACUCAGACCAAGUUUUUGAUCUGUGAAAGUGAACCUGUGCAUGGAUUUUCUAUUUAAUCAAUUUAAAUGCUGAUAAAAAUAGAUUUAUUUGAACACAGAAUCAAGGAUGCCACAUUUGUUUCCUUUACAGACAGGAUAUGCAAAUACUACUGCAGCAUUGUCUUGUGACAACUAUUGACAAAACUUUCUUUAGUCACACACAAACUAAGAAAAAAAUCCUUCUUUUACAAAUGAGGUUUUAUAUUUAAGGUAUUUAUAUAACUUAUUUAUUAGAGAGUUUCAUAUUUAGAGUUUUGGAUGUUGGAGUGAAAACACCCAAUAGAAUGCAAUGAACAAGAAAGUUUUGAACAGAUAGCCACAUAGAAAAUAGCUCCUCUGCAACAUUGUGCAAUGUAUCAUCCAAUUAUCUAUGUAUAUACAGUUCUUAUAAAUACAGGAGAAAAUAACAUGUAACAUAAAAAAGUCAGGUACUUUUACUGUGGUGUAUAGUAAAAAACCAAAAGUGACUACUAUCGGCAUCCUCCACAGAAAUGCACUCCUGUGAGAAACAGUGUUCAUAACUAACAUCAACUAACUUUAAGGAAAAUGGCGUUUCACACUGCAGAGAAACACUGGCCUGAUUAUACAGCAUUUGCUGCUUGAACCAUUCUGAUGUCACUGAAAUAAUAUAUUUCAGUCCAGGUGAUGCUGAACGCUAGUAAAUGCUAAUGAACUAAUACUUCUAGGUCUUAAAAUUGUUUGCAUUAUGCACAAAUCUGAGACUUCCAUAAGGUCUACAACACUUCGGGGAUUAUAUAGAUCACUGUUUCUCUAAACUACUACUGUAAGAAUGGCUACCCUGGUAAAAACAUGCUUCACAUGAAAAGCAUUUGGUUCAGAGCAAGAUGCCUGGGCAAGUAAUUUCUAUAAUGAAAAAUAAUUUUUUUUUUCUCCCCCAUAUGAUUCUUUCAAACUGAAAGAGCAAAUAUCUUCUUACAGAAGAAAAGGUAUAUGAACCUCUCGUCUCGGUGACUGCUAACUUAUUAUGAGAGUACGGGUACUCCAGUUUGAAGCUCCAAUGAACAUAUAAAUAAAGUAGUUUAUAAGUUAGUGAUAUAAGAACUGAUUACUAUGUCUGUUAUAAGUCUAUGUAAAUCAUUAAUAUUUUAGGCACAGUUAUAUGUUGUUGAUCUAAGGAAGAAACAAAAAUUUACAAGAUGGAUUCAGUGGAACUUAUUUAACAACAUUUGCUUGAGAUCUCUCAGACUACUCAAGUUGACCCACAAAAUUGGCCUCUAAGUGUAACCUACGUGUUCUUACUUUACUCUUUACAUCUUUAUAUGAUGAUUACAGCUGUCUAAAUUGUCUUGAGGAAAUUUGUUGUCAAAGGAAUACAUAAACUAUAAAUAAAACCCUUAAUUGAU